UUUGACUAGAAGAAACCAUUUGGUUCACUUGCCAUGCGUGCUUUAUCUUUGGCAGUUCCACUUGCGGCUAUUACCGCAGUCUACCUGCCCAAGCAACUGCAGCCAGCUCCGGGGGUCGAGACAUGGCUGUUCUUCGACGGAGUCUGCAACCUUUGUGACGGCUUUGUGAACUUCGUCUAUGCUGGUGAUUCCCAAGGUCGGGUCCGCUUUGGUGCCUUACAAAAGCAUCGAGAGCUGCUUGAAAGGCAUGGUGCUGGGCGCUAUGCGGAAGGAGGCGAGGAAAGUAUGUCCACUGUGGUCGUGAUUCAAGACGGUCAGGUCUUUAUCCGCUCCUCUGCAGCACUCAGAAUCUUAGCGGUUAUGGAUCAGCCUUGGAGGAUGCUUGCGGUCUUCUACUUGGUACCUCUCCCCCUUCGGGAUUUCGUGUAUCAACUCGUGGGGCAGCACCGCUAUACCAUCUUUGGUAAAAAGGAGCAGUGCAUGACUCCCUCUGGCGACUUUAAGAGGAGGUUCCUUGAGUAUGAUGCCUCGGAGGACCGUCAUCCCAUCUUCCAAUGAGUUUGAUGACCAGAAAGCUGUCGAUCCCAGCUUCCCAAAGAGAAUCUUUGUGGUAAAGCUGCAAGUCCAACAAAGACUGCUACGCAAGCCAGUUGCCCCUGAUGCUCACUCAGCCUUGCUAAUUUAGCCAGGCAAAAGACUCGCAGAACGUGCCAAAAACGAGCUUGGAGAAGGAUGAUGUAUGGUUUGAGGGGCUGUUGGGUAUAGUAACCCAUCCUGUCAUCAGACCCCCAAUGAUUGCUUGAGCACACUGACGGGUUUGUCCCAUUUGUCCAGGCUUCCACCGAGCUUUUGGGCUCAGAGGACUUG